UUAUGGACUAACUUUGAAUUGCGAACAAAACUAUUGUAUAUCUGCCUUAACAUAUCGUAAGAUGGUUACGUGUUAUAUGUUAGAAAUAGCAAAUAUGAGACAAAAUCUUGACUAUUCACCCUACUUGAAAAUAUUAUAUGUCUAACAAUGUUUAUUCAUGCGUCUAUAAUAAAUGUAAAUAAAAGCAUUAAAUGUAUAAGUAAAUCUGUAUUAUUGGUAUGUACAAAGACAACAAAAGCUAAAACACAUUAUGAGGUAUUGGGAGUAGAAACAAAUGCAACCUACAAUGAAAUAAAGUCAGCAUAUUAUAAAUUAACACUUAAAUAUCAUCCCGAUAAAAACAAAAGUGAAUCUGCUAGAGAAAUGUUUCAUGAAAUUUCUGAAGCAUAUGAUAUACUCAGUAAAUAUGAUACACGCAAACAAUAUGAUAGAACUAUUCUAAUUAAAGAGGAUCUCGACAGAACUAAACACAAGUAUAAAUAUAAAACUGAACAUGUAUCACAAUACACGGACAAAUUACAUACUGCGGGUAAACCUAUGAAAAAAAUUUUUGAUUUUGACAUGUGGUUAAAACUUCAUUAUUCAAAUCUAGCUAGGAAGACUUUCGAAAAAAACAUGAAAACUAAUAGUGAAGAGAGAAAUCCUUAUUCCAUGGAGAUAGAUUAUCGUACAAUAUGUUUUCUGAUAGUAGUUUUCUCUAUUGGAAUUUACAUUAAUAAUUGCAUAGAAAAUUAUAAGUUCAAACAAUUUAAAGCUGAACGAAAGAAGGAAAACAAAAAUAUUUAUUUAAAUUAA